AUGCGUUCGCCUAUAAAUACCUGCAGAGAGAUGAUCACUCCAUUUGAGAAAUUGGUUCACAAUAAUGAAACUGGCACUUGGGAUGAGGUAGACAAUCAAUUCAGUUUUCGAAAUGCCUGCUGGUUUACCGUCUGCUCUUUGAUGCAACAAGGGAGCGAGUUGUCUCCUAGAGCUCCAAGUAUGAGAGUUGCAACUGCUGUAUGGUGGUUUUUCACAAUGAUCCUUCUUUCGUCGUAUACUGCCAAUCUGGCUGCCUUCCUCACAACUCAACGAAUGGUCUCUCCUAUUGAAAACGCAGAUGACUUAUCUUCGCAGACGAAAAUCAAAUACGGCACAUUGGGACGAGGAUCAACGAUGUCGUUCUUCAAUGAAUCCAAGAUAGAGACUUAUGAGAGGAUGUGGAAACUAAUGUCUAGCAAUCCUGCUUAUUUUGUAAAUUCUUCAAAUGAGGGUAUUGCACGAGUGAAGAGCUCUGAUUACGCUUAUCUGAUGGAAUCGUCAAUGUUGGAAUAUGCUGUAGAACGUGAUUGUGAGCUUAUGCAGAUUGGAGGUCUGCUGGACCAAAAAGGUUAUGGAAUCGGAUUGCCAAAAGGUGAAUCUGCUUUUGAAUAA